AUGUCAUUCAGGGCCGUCAUUUCUGAUCCUGAGAGACAACAGCUUUGGUUUCGUACCAUUAAUGUUCUAGCCACCAUCUACAAAGAUAUACGGCUAACUAUAACACCGACAGAGAUAAUAGCAUGGAAUUUAAACAGCACGGAUACAACGCUAUGCAAAGUACGAUUCUCCUCGCAAUUCUUUGAAGAGUAUGACUUUAAACCUAGAGAGAUUGUAUUUGGUGCAAGUGGUGUCCAGACGAUAAAUGACUCCCAUCGAAGAGAUCACAAGCUAUACUCUUUGCAGAUCAAUGGUCGACAUUUGACCACAAUUUCACGAAAGCCAGACGGCGAUGCGAUCAAGAACUUCACGAUAGCCAUUAAUAACACUUCAACAUGUCCUGAUACAUUAACCAACCGGCUACUGGUACAUGUUGAAAUGGAGUCACUUAUAAGCAAAGAAUAUACACCGCAGUUCGAGCCCAUAAAGUAUGAUCCUAUUAUAAUCGAUCUUAAGUACAAGAGGAACUUUUUGGAUGUUUAUGGGUCUGCUAGUGCUUCGUCAACUGGUCAUGAAGAGGCAUUAGACCCUAAACUAGUGGAUAUCUUUACUGCGACAAGGAAUGAGCUAUCUAAUGCACUUUUCAAUGAUCAACCAGAAAAUAAUGCGAGAAACGAGGAUAAACUGACAGUUGCUGAUGAGAUCAACUACAUGUGUUGCAACCAGGCGCUGCUGAAGAAUUUCAUCGACGAUUGCAACGCCAAUGUUACAGAAGAGUUUAAACUGGAAAUUAGUGUCCAUAAAUUAGUCAUCACUGCAUUCACUAAGGCCAUUUAUGGCAAAAAUAACGAUAUUCUGAGAAAUACAAUGAGUCUAAGCAACACCAUAAGCGUCAACGAUCUCGAACAUUACUGUCUUUUCACUACAACCGACGACACGUCCGAUACAGCGGUACAGAAAAAGGAUCAGACAAAAGCUAUUAUCUUCAAGCUGAAGGAUCUCAAGAAUUUUCUGAGCAUUGGAUCGACAUGGAAAACUACUCAAAGUGAGAACCUUAACAUAUGGUUCUGCCGCGGCGGGGACCCAAUACUGAUAGAGUUGAAAAAGAAUGGAGUAACUUUGGAGUUGGUUCAAGUGACAGACAGUAAUGGCUCUAAUAUAACUGUUGAGGACCACUUGGCGAGAACUGUUAUCAAGAAGGCUAUAUCUCCAAAAAAGAGAAAGACGCAAGCUGCUAAUGAGGACCUUGCAUCGUCGCGUAUAAGUCCGCUGAGGAACCAGAAAUCUACCGCGGAAAAUCGAAGAAGUCCUCUGAAGGAGCACCUGGAUGCCACACUAGCAGAAAACCAGCCAAGGAAACUUUUUGUUACUGAUGACUCGCAGGAGACUACAACACACAGGCAAUGGGGCCGUUCUGAUUCCAAUUGGACUGAUGACGAUCUGGUAAGUCGAGAGCCUACCGAACCAGCAGAAGAGCCUACAAAUCCUGCACCUGUUCGUGCUGAGAGGACGGGUACCACGAUUGAAUGGGGAACGAGGUCUUUGGAACCAGAAGAAAACUUCUCGACACUUGAUAGAAAGAGUGUUUUAAAGAGAGAGAAGUUGAAGCAUUUCAAAGCUUUGACUGAAUCCGAGGAACCUGAGGGGCUGGGACCGACACAGAUUUCAAAACCGAAGGGUUUAUUCGACUGA